CUGUUCUGAUGAUUAAAAUGUCUAACGUCAGUUUUGACAGAUCUCCACGUGAAUCAAAGGCUUGGCUCGCUCUGAGACGACUUGACAAAAACGAUGACAGAGUGGUGGCUCUUCGAGAAGUGUCCAUUCCUCCUGCAGCUGAUGUCACCAUGAUCACACAGAUUAUCGCCACUACCUUUGGGCUGAACUCCUCCCAUGUCAUAUUCAAGAUAAGGAACCACCGCGGCUGUCUGAUUCCUCUGAACAGCUCGAUCCCUGCAAACAGCAAGCACAUGCCUCAUGUGCUGGAGGUAGCCAAGAUCUUUCAGCAUGUGAGUCCCAAGCCCAGAACCAUUCCCAUGACUGUGAUCAACAAGAGCAUGAAGACCAGGCUACAAAAUAUUGACAGGAGGAUUCAGAGACUUGAGGAACUUCUGCCUCAGAUCAAACUCAGACGCAACGAAAAACUAAGCCAGGAGAUUGAAUGUCUCAGCCAGAAGUUGAGAUUUCUUCAUAAAAGAAUGCAGGUGGCGGAUUCUCGUAGCUGGAAGGGGGUGCUGACCAGAGCACCUCUGUGGUAACAAACACCCACAUUUCUGGCUGUUUUAGAAAACAACAACCAUAAAUUGGACUAUGGUUACGCUCAUCAUUCACUGCAGAAUAUAUCACAUCACCAUGUAAGGGUGAAUGAUCUGUUUUUUUCCACUUGUUUUUAUAGCCCCAUAUACACACAAAGUAUAUUCAGUAGAUUACUGCUAUUUAUGGUAUAUAAAACCAAAAUCUUUUCUAUAUAUUUUUUUCUGCCAGGAAAUGUAGUGAGAAAUGUGGUAGCUUUGGUAUAAUCGAGGAUCAACAUAUUUGUAACACUUUUGUGCCGUGCAUUACUAGAAUUAAUAUGGUAGCAAACUUAUGGUUUUUACCAAAUGUCUGAAUGUAACCUAUGAUUUAACCUUAUGUUGUGUGUAACAUGAAA